UGUGGGCCCAGGAAGAAAAACACAACGCGAGGUGUUAAUACUUCACAUUGAAAUUGACCCUGGCUGCAGUCUACCUGAUGAUGAGGGGGGAGGAGAGACAGGAGGAGGGAUGAGAGGGAGUGCAAGGAGGUGUUUUCGCGUUGCAGAAACAAAGAAGCGAAUCGACGAUUGACAAUUUCCUGAUGGGAGGUGCGGCUUAUCACUCCCAGAAUCAGAGCUGCUCACCGGAGGACAGGAGGACACGCAGGAGCUGCGGACACACAAUGGACUAAAACUCCCGGAGUGAGAGCAACAAUAAUCCAGUGAAACUCUGCGGUGCAAGGAGGUGAAGUCAUCUGAGACACAUUUCAGUCUCCCAGCUUUCCUCAGCUCUCCAGAUAUGAUUCAGAGAAACGAGGUUGUGCUGUCUGUGUUGAGGGAACUCCAGGAGGCCACGGAGAUCUCCGGCCUAGAUGUUCUCACUAAAGUGGCACUGGAAGUGGACCGGGUCCUUACACCAUUCCAGCUCCCCAGGACGCCCUGCUAUGAUUUUCCAGAGUGGGCUGGGGUGGACGACGUCGCCCGUGGUUUGUACCCGGCUGAUGCCCCCGUGGGUCUCCUCCCUCUGAAAUGCAAUGGUGAGGGCAACGUUCUGUUUGAUGCAGUCAGCAUGCUGUUAGUGGGCAGCACGGCUCUCAGCCUGGAGCUACAGGUGCGGACUGUGGUGGAGAUGGUGUUGUGGAAACGCUACUACUUGUCUGGGAUGAUUGAUUCUAAAAUGAUGCUUCAGGCAGUUCGUUUUAGUCUCUGUGCAGAGGAGUCUGAGGACAUGCUGAACCUGCCGGCUGCUGUUCUGGAGGCCAUCUUUGAUGCUGACGUAAAGGCUUCCAGCUUCCCUGGCUCCUACGCCAACAUGUGGCACCUUUAUGCUCUGUCGUCAGUCCUUCAGUUAAACAUCUACUCCGUUUACCCCAUGUUCAACCUCAAGAUACGACCUUAUUUCAACCGAGUCAUUCGCCCACGAGCCGUAUCUAAAGACUGUGAGCCUCUAACGCUCCACAUCAUGUGGUCCAGUGAGUUGCAGCCCGAGGGCUUGUUCCGUCCAAAUAAUUUUGUUGCACUUGCUCAGACCCAAGACUUCACAUUCGGAAGUGCAGACGGUGAGAAGGGUCCAUCUCCCAUCAAGACCGAGGAGCAGCUGGAUCCGGACUUGCAUCUCUCCUAUCCUAGUCUGAAAGACAAAUACAACAUAACAAAGAGGACAUUUUACCGCUGGAAGAGGCAGACGCAAGAGCACAGCAAAAAGUCUGCAGCUAGGUACGAGGCCAAGUAUUUCCUGCAGGCUUGCUACCUGGAGGGAAAGCUCAUCCCUCUGCAUCAGUUUAAAGAGUUUUUCCCUGAGAUCUCAAGGUCGUCUUACUACAACUGGAAGCAUGAGUUGAUAAAGUCAGGAGGCAACUUCUCCACCUCCUCAUCUGCUGGAGAAAUAAGCCCCGGAGAAAGCACAGAGCAGGAAGCCUGGUCAUCACCUGAGGCGAAGCAGGACGAAGCAGACCACGAGAGCGUGGCAAGUAUGUUCGGCCUGAGCCUCGACAAGCUGGAUCCGGAGCGUCCCCAGAGUGUGUCGCAUAUGCAGGAAGCCAAGCGCUGCCUGCAGAACUGCAUUGCCAUGAACGCCUCCCUGCCAUUCCGAGUCUUUAAACGCAAUUUCCCAGGAAUCUCCAGGUCAACCUACUACAACUGGAGGAGAGAGGCUAUGCAUUUCAACAGAGGUUACAAAGGAAGUGUCGGCAGCAGCGAGGACAGCUCUGAUGCUGACAAAACCCAGAGUCCGAAAAGUCUGUCACCAGUUCCACCAAACAGCAUCCACCCUGCUUUGCCCAGGGCAAGGGUCCACAGGCACAAACACAGAAGCUUCAGCCAGGCAUACAUGAGCAAAAAACAACUCCGAGAUGCUGCCAAGCUUCUCGUUCGGAGAUCAAGGAUGUCUCUGACGAAGUUCAAGAUCAAGUUCCCAUCCAUAUCGGCCUGUUUCUAUUGGCUGUGGGGCAGCAGGCAAAACAGCAAGAAGAUGAUGACGAUCACCGAGCCUGUAGCCGCCCUCCCUCGGAGCCUGGAGACCGAAAACAAAAUCACAGAGCGUGAGUCUGUACUCCAGUUCGUUGAUAGGCCUGCUUAUCUAGAAACCGCCGUACCUCUGUUUAAUGACACGCAGUCGCCGCACACACUUCACAGCAGAACGCAGAUUGAUGAGCAGAUGUUUACGAUGGAUGUUGUGGCACUGGCCAACUUCAAGGCCAAGGCCAAGCUGUUCCUGCAGCGACGAUUUGAAGAAAAUUCCUUCCCUACGUUCAAAGAGUUUAGGUCUUAUUUCCCUUUCACUCCACGCUCCACCUACUACAUGUGGAAGCGAGCGUUGCACCACGGUGUCUCACUGGUUCAUGGAUAAACUCCAAGGAGUUAGAUUGAGUAAAAGUUGGAGAACUUUUCGGUUGUACUACCUACAGUGUUAACUCUGACUCCUCACUGCUUCAGCCCUCCUGCCCCACCACCACCACCACUGCGGCUCGCUGCUCCCUCAUGGACAUUUGCACGUGUGUGAAAAGUUCAUGGGCCUGUUUAAACCCUGCAUGUUGCCCUCCAGGCAAAAGGCAGUUCAAAGCUGUUGUUUGGUGGCAUUUUGUUUGAUGAUGUUUCUUCUCCUGGGUCUUUUAGUCCCUGCCAAGAUUUGUACUUGGGGCUGUUAGAGAUAUUUUCCUUUUUAGUUUUCAUUGUUUGGCUGUUAAUAUGUUUUGGUAUGCUUUUUAUUUGGUGCAUUGAUUAAUAGGAAUUGUUUGCAGAUGAAAAAAGUCUUUGAAUGUGAAGAGUAGCUGGUUGGUAAUUUUUGUUAAGACAUUCCAUUUUAAACCUUUUCCAUAUGAAGUUUUUUUUUUUUUUUUUUUUUUUAAUGAAUACCUCAGGGAUCCACAUGGUGCAUUAAAGGUUUCGGUGACCGGAUCAAGGGUUUGGCAUUAUAAAUGUCUCCUCCUUUUGUCUGUUUGCACUAAAAUUAUUUUCAUUUAACCACUGAAUGUAUGUUCUCUAUGCACACUCUGGUAAAAGUCUUUCAAGUAUUUUGAGAAGUACCAUAAAGAGGGAAGAUAUAUAUUUUCUUAUUUUUGAUUUAUUAGUUCUAAGAUCUACCUAGCUCCCAGAAAUUCUGGGGCCAGUUUGCAUUUAUAAGCUAUUUUGUCCAGUUUUCAUAAAUGAAUUUUCAAGUCUGCUGCAAAACAAUGGAUUUAAAUUCUAGUUUGUACAAUAUGUAUUUAUUUUUUCUUACUACUUUUUGCAGCAGCCUGCUUUGUUCAGUGAGGAGUUGAGAAACCUUUGUACUGGCUGUGCAUCAAUAAACUAUCGAUCAUCAUCAACCUCUUGCUUCUUGUUGUGCUUAAUUAAUCUUCAUACGCCUUGUUGCCUUUUGAGGCUGUAAAUUUAUCUCUUAUCUAUCUGCGAGUUCUGUUUUCUCUUCACUGCGUUAGCUCAUUACAGCAACCCUCACUGA